AACAAGCAAAGAAAGAUUAUUAAGUUUAUAAGUUAGGAAGAUCUAGCACAAAAAUCGCUGCUAAUACGUAAUAAAAACGUUGGCUAUUUACCUCUUCCAUCUUCCGGACACCUGUGUCGGGCACGUUUCCAAGCGCAAGAUGGAUGGUGCUGCAAAUCAUAAUGUGUUAUCAGAAGAACUUUUGUUGUUGUCAUCAGAUGACGAAAACGAUGCUGAUCUGGUUAUUGAUUACCUGAGCGAAGAUCAAUCCAUCACCCCGAAAUGCACGGAUGCGUCUGCUUGCGCCCAUGAGAUAGAGAACUGUUGCGAUCCGAAGACUACAGCAACAACAGGUGCAGCAAACGUCAUUGGGACGGCGAGAACAAAAGGUAGCAAUAGUGACGCGACUACAAAUAAUAAUCACAACAGCAACAUGGUGCCAAUCAUUAGCGUAACUCCUCACAGCCCGGGGGCCAAGUUCAACUUUCUCGAGGACACACUCAAUCAGCUACAAUGUCUGCGGGAAAGUGUGGCCCACAUGAAAAAUUCUACCCUACAAAACACAGCCCUGGGAGGCAUUGGUUCAACGAUGUCCUCGACGAAGCUGUUUUCCUCGUGUCCCUCGCUGCCAGAUCUAACGAUUGCAAAUCCUAUCAACGUUUGGCCGCACCAUCAUGUGCUGUACGGGUUGAAUAAUGAUCGAAGAAAGUCAUGGACCGCCAUUGAGGAUUUAACCGAAUGCACAAAGUCAUCACACAAAAGCGUUAGCCUGUCCAGUUUGGAUAGCGAGGAGCAGGAAUCGUUGCGUGCCGCGGAACGACUCCACAAUCGGACGAGUCGCAACAGUACGGGAGGAAUUUCAACUCAUUCCUUAAACGAGGCUGAAUUGGCGCGAGACUUUGAAAAAGUGGUGGCGAAACGUAAUUUGGUGCCGGUGGUUCCCCGCAUUCCUCUGCAAAAGAGCAUAUCCACACCAUCGAUAGCGCCGGUGCGGAAUCAAAACGUGAAGGAAGAUACCCUAGCCUCCUCGAGGCAUCUUUCUGACAGUGAAGAUGAAACUCAUGAUCGAUCACUACUUUGUGUGAGAGAUAAAAACGAGGAAUAUCCAGAGCAUCACGAAAAACGACGAAAGCGUGGUUCACUGUUUUUCCGCAAGAAGAAAGAUAAAUCUAAGACAAAAGGACAAUCCUCUGUUUGUGAUGCGUGCGGAGCUGUAAUAAAUCUGGCCACAUACAAAGAGCACGCAGUAGAAUGUAAAGCAAAAAUAGCAAAGAAAUACUUUCAGGCUCAACCAAAACCUAGCUCAAACAAGAAGAGCUCCGCGAACAGCCACAAUUCCUCCUCGCAACACGAUGAUCAGGGUAGAGACUAUUAUGAUGGCAACGUGCAUAAUGAUAACGCUAAUUACGCAGAUGACGUGCCGCUGAUAAGGGAUGAGUUUCUGCACGAAGCACCGAUCGGUCCGCACGAUCUGGGCGCCGAACCGAUCCUGGGCGUUGCGAUCGACGAGCACGAUUCCUGGAGCCCCAGUGUCCCCAAAGAGGUUGUCAAAGGAUUGAAGGACAAGCAGGUGAAGCGCCAGGAACACAUUUAUGAAUUCAUCAUGACGGAGAAGCAUCAUGUUCAAACCUUACUAGUCAUGCAGAAGGUAUUUGUAGAAAGCCUUCAGAAGCACUUCAGCCAUCUUAACCUAGAACGGAUGUUUCCGAGGCUCGUUGAGCUGACCGAGCUGCAUACCGGGUUUUUGCGCAAGCUAAGGCUAAAGCAACGCGAACAUCACGUCGUCGAUAGCAUCGCCGACAUCCUGCUCGACUUUUUCUCCUCCAUGUCGGCUCAAAAGCUGAAGAGUGCGUACGGGGAGUUCUGCUCCAACCAUCGUUCGGCACUGGAUACCUUCAAGUGCUAUAUGACCGGUGACAAUGUGUUUGCCGAGUGGUACAAGCACUGUCAGCAGAAUCCACUGCUAAAGAAGAAAGGCAUCCCGGAGUGUAUUUUAUUCGUCACCCAGCGCUUGACGAAAUAUCCGUUGCUGAUCGAUCCGUUGCUGAAAAGCUCGCGCGAAGAUAAGAUUGAGCAAGAAAAGCUGCAGAAAGCCAUGUCGCUGGUGAAGGAGAUACUGGUGGACGUGGAUGCACGGGUGGCCGACAAGGAGAAGGAGGAUCGUCAAUUAGAGAUUUUUAAACGCAUCGAUGCCAAGUCCUGCGCUAUCUUUAAGAAGGACAAGUUCAAGAAAUCGGACAUAAUAUCGUGCAAUCGAAAGUUGAGAUUCGAAGGAGUAGCCACCUUAAUGCAGGGCCGGUCCAAAAUGCAAACUGUGCUGGUGGUUGUGCUGUCGGAUUGCUUGUUCUUUCUGCUGGAAAACUCGCAUAAAUAUUCUUUCUUCACACCCGAGAACAAGGCGGGUGUGGUUUCUUUGCAAAAGCUCUUGAUUCGUGAGAAAGCUGGCACAGAAUCUAGAGGCAUUUACAUCAUAUCCUCUAACCCGGCCUAUCCGGAAAUGUACGAGCUGAAGGUACAAAAUCCAAAGGACAAAAAUGUGUGGAUCCAAUCAAUUCGUGCUGCCGUCAUCGACUGUCCUUCGGAUGAGUCGGAAACGGAAGAUUACAUGAGUCUGGAGCAACGGCAGAAAAUAAUAGAUCUGAAGCAGGCCAACAUUCGGGAGAUUAUUUCACUCGGAACAACCGAACUGGAAGGUAAAAUGCGUCAGAAGGACUUCGAGCAGGCGAUACUGCUGGAAGAGAAGAUAGCACUGCAGCUGAGCUUGUUGCUGGAUAACGAGCAAAACGCUGAGCAGCUGGGUCCCGCCGUUGAGUCCUUUAUCUCAAAUUACGGAUCGUAUAGAGAUCUUAUCUCCGAUGACUGUGAUACUAUAGAAAUAUGGAAACGGGUGUUAAACUCUAUACAGGAGAUUAGCUCUCUGGCUUCGUCGCUCUACACGGCCGCGACCGGAUUGCCGCUGUCUAGGUCGAGCAGCUCGGUCGGUGAACGGCAGAGUGAGUUGUUCAUCUCACCCACGCUACCGAAACGAGCGGAAACGUUCGGUGGCUUCGACGAGCGGCGAUCGAAACAGCUCAUGUCGGGUGGCGCGGCGGGUGUAGCCGGCAGUAGCAAUUCGACGCUGCAUACUACUGCCGCCAACUCACGAGACGCGGUCCUGUCAACACUGUCGGCCGGAUACUUUACCAAUCGCGAGACUUACGAAAAACGAGAACAGCAGCAGCAGCAGCAGCAGGCUCCUCAUCCUUCGUCUGCUGCGCUGGACGUAGAGUCGCUCUUAAUGCUCGCCAGCCCCCACGUUACCGCUUCCUACGGGCAGCAGAAGUUGUUGGCCGGCGGCGGCAGUGGUACCGAUGGAGGAGUUCCUUCUGACCUAGCCAAAGAUCAGAAUUACGCCGCGCUGCACGUAUCACACCACCUGCACACCCUGCUCUGCAUCAUCUCACAGCAAAUGACCACCAUUCAGAGCCUGCAGCAUCAGCUGAACACUUAUCGCGAAAAUCCAAAGACUCUGUACCGGCACAACGACCAGCUGGAAGAGCUGCGCAACUUGCAGGAUAAGCUGCAGGAAGAGAAGACGAUGUGGCAGAAGCAAAAGGAGCAGGAGGAGCGCGAGCUGGAAGAAACCAAACAUGCGCAGAAAGCGUUGCAGGAACAGAUACGGGCGGAGCAGGAGGAUAUCCGGCAGCAACGGGAGCAGCUGUACCGCAAGAUGGAAAUUUUGUCCAGCCAAGGAUUGCUGCUGUCACCAAGCGUUGCGCUGCCGAUACCGACUGGAGUAGCAUCGUCCCUAGAGGAAGCACAAAAUGUCAGCGAAGAGCACCACGUGGAUAGUGCGUUCGGAGGAAGCUUUUCAGCCAAUUCUAUGGCUGGCUCUUCGGUCACAAUUGAUCGCAAGAAAGACAAAUGGCGAACCGCGAGCAUUACAAAAACGCCGCCAGCAAACCUAGUUAGCGCCACGAACGCUGCGAAAAUAAAUGCCACCAGCAUCAAACAGCAGCUGCCGCUAAAACUAUCAUCGUUGUCGAGCACAAAACCGGGAGGAUCUGCUGCAGGUAGUAUGGUAAUGUCACCAAACAGUAACAAUUCGGCAAUGGCUUCGCAUGCAGCUGCUGGUGGUGGUGGUGCUGGUGUCACGCAGAUGUUCCCCUUGAAGCUUGCUGACAAAAAGAUUUCUCAGACCGGUACACCCAAUCAUUCCCGAACUGGCAGCAGUCCUGCCGUAAUACAGCAACAAAUUCAAGUACAGUCGGGAAAUCCUGCUACCAGAACAAAUACCUACCCAAAAAUACCGGAACGCUUUCGCCUAAGAAGCUCGGACAACUAUCCCGCUGCUUCAAACACGAGCGGUCCAACAACACCACAAGCGUAUCAGUAUUCCUCACCUUCGUCGUCGUCGUCGUCACAUCCUAUGGCGGGUUUAUCGUCGACCACUCCGCCGCUGGUGCCCGCCAGAAAUACGAUAAUCGGUGGCCCGCAAGACGCGAGCGGACAGCAGCACCGUACUUCCUCUCCAAUUUCAUCGACUCGUCACUCGAGCCUGCAAUCGCCGCUGAAACAGCCGGAUCCUUCGCAACUGGGAGUUGGCAAGGGGCAGGACAGCAGCAACAACAACAGCAAGGCCAAGGAGGAAGAGGUGAUGUACUUCUGAUACACGCCAGUCGAAGUGGAGAUCUAAACAACAUCGCAACCAACCUUCUCCGGAGUACUUAUAGUGUAAGAGAGUAAGUAACUGCCUUUUGCUAUCAUCAUUCCUUGUCCCUUGAAGCAUGUGACGGCCCACUGAUCGCUGUCGUCCCUCUCUCUCUCUCUCUCUCUGGUCUGGUGUAUGAGACACUGGGGGGGGGAGGUGUAUUCGAACAUGAUCAGGGAGGAGCAACUGCACUUGAUUCAUUAUAUUAUGGCCUACAAACAAGUAUUUUUAGUACAGGUUAUUAUACGACCGCGUUAAGGUAUGAAUGUUAAAUUAAUGUCAGCAUAUGUGUAUAUGUGUUAUUGAACUGUGAAUUGAAUGCUCACGGUGUAUAAUAUAUUGAUGGCAAUGUAAACCACCCAACACAACACACACUACAGUGGUUGUGCAAUGAAGCAUCAGCAGAACCUUUAGUGACAGAGACAGCACGUUAGACGUAUUGUAUGUAUUUUAUGAACAACGUUCAAAGCAACUACAUAGACAAUAGCAGCAAAAGACAAACAACAAAACGCAGACGUUCUCAAAACUUCGAUUGUAUGUUCUCCAGUAGUUACAGUGUUCUGUUUACUUGAGACGGUUCGGUUCGAAAGAAUCGAUCCGAUCUGAUCUGUUACUUCCUUUCCUACACGCCUGCCUCGCCUGUAAAUGUGUCUGUCCACCCCCGGAAUAACUACUACUCUCGAGCGAGUGAACUGCUGGAAUAAAACUGAUUUAUUGAUACUGUGAUGACGUUUUUUGUCGAUACGAGGCAUUCGUAGACGCGUUACUUUCCAACCUAGCGGAAACAUGAACAAUAUAUGUCGCAUUGUACUAGUAUUAAUGAUAUCAUCCAAGACACAUGUUCUCCCACGGACAUCGAUAUGGCAAUAUGUUUUGCGUGGCUCUCUCUUACUCUUACGUAGAAAAGGAAAAGCAUGUCCGCGUAGAUGCUAGAAUGACGAUGUGUACUGGCAAGCAUGACUGUGUGUGUAAGACUGUACUUUAAAACAAUGCAAACGAGACGAGGUGGUAGUCGACUUUUGUUCGAAACAUAUCUACAGACAUACAUCAUCGUACACACAUACGCGCACACAUUCAAACAUACUCGCACAUUCACUUCAAUCACUUAGGGACAAUAUAUGUAGAGCGAAGGGAUAACGUAGGAAAUCCGACCGACUGUAAUUACUCUAACUAUAAUAGCCUGUUACUAUUAUAAGUGUUUUGUAACAAAACAAGUUAAAAUGUGGAGCAAACUCUAUGUUAUAAUUUGGAGUAGGACAGUCUGCCAAAUCCGUUUAAGGCCGUCGAAACCAUGUGUAUGUAUGUAUGUAUGUAUGUGUGUAUAGAAAACAGAACAGAACAAGUAGUAAACCAAAACGGGAUAAGAAGGGAGACAAAAAAACGCUACAAAAAUGCCCUCAAACUUAAAAUGCUCUGUUUAGCUAACUUCUUGACAAUACAAAUAAAUGAAUUUUUUAAAUGGUUGCGAUAACAAAAAAGGAAAAGAAAAGACAAAUCUUGCAAUGUAAACAACAUUUAAACAUUUAAAAUGAUAAAACUCAAUUCACACAGAGACAGACACGCGCGCGCUGUUGUAAUACAUACUACCGGGCUAAUGGAAAUGGGGAAAAGGAGGAGAAUGUGUGUGUACACGCAAUGUAUAAAUCUGUAUUUGUGAGCCAAUACGGAGAGAUACAGAAAAUACCCUAAUAAUAAUUACAAAUUAUCCUAAUCAUAAAACAAAGCAGAGACACACACACAUAUACAUAUAUAUAAACUGAUACACUCCGAAUUCGAAUUCAUGUGUGUGUGUGUAUCUGUAAUAUGAGUAAGAGCAAAUGUACACUUGGAUACGCAACGCAGAGACGGCUGUAUGCAACACUCUUUUACAAAUCCAUGCGCUAAGUGUGUGCGUGUGUGUGUAAACUAUAAUAAGAAACCUACACAAAAUCCAAGCUAUAUUUUAUCGAAACAAUAUUUUUAAAACUUGUGAAAAACUAACUAUACGUGUUGAUCGCAUCUGUUCACGUACACACCACCACGUACAUGUUGGUCGAUUAGCGAGUAAUGUGAAGAAAGACUAUAAACAACUGCUCAAUCAUUUUACAACACUAUUUAACGGUAACGAGAGACAGACGUCGUGUUACACACUUAGAACAGCGCUACAGCCUUUCGGUACAUGUUGUUAACAUUCCUUCCUACCUACCUACCUACCUAUAGUUAUCUAACCGUGAGAGAAGUUCAAUACUACCAUAUCUACCAGGUGUUCGUUGCGAAAGGGUCGUGUUAUAGCAAGUCGUAUUAUUAUGGUGUAUGAAUUUCCUGCAUUCACGCAUCCUGCGUUCUCUGCAUCAUCGUAGUAGGUGGUGUUGCCCUGUUCCGUUUUUCCGUUCUUUCUUUUAAUGCACUUCUUACUGACCACAGAGGUAACAGAGAUCUAUUAAAGCUUUUCAUUUAACUUGUCCGAAUAGAUCGAUCGAUGGGAUCCUUUGCAAAGUUAGCGCACACAUUGUUCAUGUUAGUAAGAAGAAAAAAAGCCAAACUGCUGUUGUGUGUAAACGGGAUGUGAAUGUGAAGAGCGAACGGAAAUAUUAUGUCACUGAAUCCACCGAAUUUCUCUGCUAAAAACCAACACUGCAAAACAAUCAUGAAUUUAGACUGUCCAAAAUAUGUGUGAAAAAAAAAACAAAACAAAACACGGAAUAGAAACAGUGAAUAGAGAAGCUUAUUGUAAUGUAUAUUGAAACCAGAAAGGAACGAUAUUUAGUACGCAGAGGAAAAGAAACUUAAGUAAGGGUAAAAGUAUUUAAAAACCAACCAACAACACAUUCUUAAAAGAGAUGUGGUUAUGUGGCUCCUUUUAAUCGUGAGACGGCUAACGAGCGUAGUGUGUUAUGUUGUUGUUCAUAUACUACUUCUUCGAAUGGAUUGUGUUGUGUUCUUUCAGCUCAAGCAAUUGAACAAAGUCUGGGCCACUAGUGAGACAAUACAGGUCGUUGGGCCGGUAUAGUGUAUGAUGUCUUCAAAAUCAACUAUUUCUUCCCUGUUUUACUUCUAUAACGCCCAGCCAGGAAGAGCAUUAGAAGAGAGCAUAAGCAGCAGCACAUUAUAUUGCAUAUUUUAACUGUUAGUAGUGUAUUUACGCGAUCAGUAUUUCCUGCAAAAUGUAUUAGAAGAAAAUCAACAUACACACACAGACAUACAUUCACAUUCACCUAAUAUAAAAAAAGGGAAAGCGUUAAGUAUGAGUUCGAGCAUAUUCGAGAGCAGCAACAUAACAUUUCAAGAAAUAUAUAUACACACACACA